GGCCACUUCACUGGGGGGCACCCGACCCACCAAUAGAGCCGCGCAUUAAAAAAAAGAAAGAAAGAAAAAAGAUUACCUUGUCCCACCCCCUCCUCCUUUCCUCCUCCACUCCACUUCUGCAAAGAAGAACUCGCUCCUUCCCUCCCUUCAUCCUUCCAUCCAUCCAUCCAUCCAUCCAUCCAUCCAUCCAUCCAUCCACCCAUCCAGCUCCAUCAGUCCACCAGCCCCGGAGAAACCGAGCGAGCGGCUCCGCUGAGAUCUCGCCGCCACUGCUAUCGCCGCCAGUCUUUUUGCAAUAUAGGGGAAAAGCAGACCAUGGUGAAUCCGGGCAGCAGCUCGCAGCCUCCCCCGGUGACGGCGGGCGCCCUCUCCUGGAAAAGGUGCGCCGGCUGCGGGGGCAAGAUCGCGGACCGCUUCCUGCUCUAUGCCAUGGACAGCUAUUGGCACAGCCGGUGCCUCAAGUGCUCCUGCUGCCAGGCUCAGCUUGGGGACAUUGGCACGUCCUGUUACACCAAGAGCGGUAUGAUCCUUUGCAGAAAUGACUACAUUAGGUUAUUUGGGAACAGUGGGGCAUGCAGCGCUUGUGGACAGUCCAUCCCUGCCAGUGAGCUUGUCAUGCGGGCGCAAGGCAACGUUUAUCAUCUGAAGUGUUUUACGUGCUCUACCUGCCGGAAUCGCCUGGUCCCGGGAGACCGGUUUCACUACAUCAACGGCAGUUUAUUUUGUGAACAUGAUAGACCUACAGCUCUCAUCAAUGGUCAUUUGAAUUCACUUCAAAGCAAUCCACUACUGUCAGACCAGAAGGUCUGCUAAAAGGUCAGAGUAAUGCAGAAUGCGUGCCUUCAUCUCAAAUUUUGUUCAUCCCAGAUGGAUCCCAUGUGUCUCCAGUAGACAAGUCACCUUUGUAGCUAGCCCCAGUGCCAGCUUCAUGCCACUGCACCUUCUUUAUUCCUGAUUGCCCUUCCCACAUUUAUUGGUGUAUUAAAAUGACUGAAUAUGAGCAUUAAGGACUCUAUGAACCUGGGCUAAUGGGAGACUGUAGAGAAUAUGAAAAAAGAUCCACCGGAGGACAUCUUUGGGGGGGAGGGGGCUGGGGGGGAGGGAAAUGACUAAUGAAGCUAAUUAAAAGAAGCGUUCAAAUCUGCUUUCUACCCUCAUUAACAAUUAGCAGGGCACUGGCCGGAGUUUGUACCCUGUGUUUUUCCUUAACAACAUUCUCUUUGCUCUAUGUAUAUUUAGGUGUCGUAAGGAAAUGUGUUUCAAUCCAAACUGAAUAUGAGAUAAAGGAAAGAGAUGUGGCUUUUGUGAUACUCAAUCACACAAACACUUUUAUUGUAUCUCUGUAAAAUACAAUGUAUGUAUGCAUGUAAGUGUUUUUGUCCUAAUGUUGCUACUUCCCAUGGCAAAAAAAAAAAAAAGGAAAAAUUGGAAAAAAAAAAAAAAAGUAAGGCUCCUAGCAGCUACUGUGUAGAAAUUCUGCCCCCCCCCCUUCUAAUUUGCUGAAUGAAGACAAAUCUUUUAUUUGUGAUAUUUUCAGAGACAUUUGCUCUAGUAUGGUGUAUUUAAAUAAUAAAAACUUAAAAGGAAAAUACCAAA